AUACUUCCUUCUUCUAAGCAAAUAAAAAGCAAGAGUGGAUCAGAAGCUGUAGAUCAUCUGUGAAAUCAUUCAGCAAUCAUGCAUCUGUCCUCAGCUUCUCAUCAAAUGAUCAUUUCAUCUGCUUUGCUUUUGCUCCUGUGUGCUUCUGCAUCAGGAGAGUAUUUUACGCCGGUUAUGCACCCUGUUACCCCACCGGAAUUCUCUCCUAUGGACAUUAGAGAUAUAGUUUGCUGCAAGAAAUUUACAAGAAUGAAACCACAGAUCAAAAUAAAUAGCUGUUUCUUUGUUCAAGAAACAAGCAACUGUCUUAAGAGUGUGGUGUUAAUUGACAAAAUGAACAAGAUGCACUGCAUUUAUCCUAAAGCUUCAUGGCUCAGUGAAAGAAUAAAACAUCUAGAAGAGAUUGGAGUACAGUGUACAGUAUUUAAUAAAACAGAUUAGGAGUGGACAUCUUGAUCUUCACCAUGCAGCCACACCAGACGGAAAUUUAUCCAGUCAUGUUAUAUUGUACUACACAAUCCUGCUUUAAUAUGCAAACACACACGUUUCUGUGCUGAAAAAUAUGUUGAAUCUAUUGCACAAGCAAUGGGUUGCAGCCAUGUAGUCUAACUGUGGCUAUCACUUUGUCUUGUCUUAAAUUUUUUUAUUGUUAUUUUAUUAUUUUAAUGCGU